GACGCAUUAUUGAUAUAACUGACAUACUUACCGUAUAGAGGAGGAAAACCAUGAAAAAAAAUAUUCUGAACCAAUGGACUGCAGACAUAGUACAGGAGAUGACCAGAGACUGCGGACAUAGUACAGGAGAUGACCAGAGACUGCGGACAUAGUACAGGAGAUGACCAGAGACUGCGGACAUAGUACAGGAGAUGACCAGAGACUGCGGACAUAGUACAGGAGAUGACCAGAGACUGCGGACACAGUACAG